AGCAUGCGUAGAUCCGCGUGCGUACAGAUCAGUCUCAGGUUCUGAUCUGCAAAAGUAAGUGAAAACCUAUCGUCAUGUUUAGACUGGUGGUUAUUUCCGUCCUGGCGAGCAUCGCCACGGUGCAAUGUGGAACCGUUCUCACGCCCGUUGUCGGUAAGCUCGUUUCCGAGAAGGUCGUCGAGGCGCACGGCAGCAACGUGGUGCACCCGUCGGCGAGCCUGGUGGCCGCGGCUUCGCCGGCGCUGCUGAGAUACGCGGACGUCGCGCUGCUGCAGCAUCCGGUCGCCGAGAUCGUGCAGCCGGUGGCGAAGACCUCCCUGGUCGCGGAGAAGACGAUCGAGGCCCACGGACACCAAGUGAUCCAUGACGCGCGUCCCCUGGUCGCGGUGGCGAAACCGCUGACUGCCAUCGAGUCGCACGUUGCGGUACCCACGUUCGCCACUCGCCAAAUAGCAUAUGCGGCGCCGUUCUAUUACUCGGAUUACUCUUAUCCUCAUCAACUAGCCGAGAAGACCGUUUCUAGUUAUGGGCAUAGCAUUCAACAUGUAUAAUCAUUACCGGAUGAAUUGUCAAGUGGUAACUCUAAAGAGCACGCGUGAAUUUUCAAAACAACAUUUAAAAAUUUUUUCACUCGGAGUACUAUGUAAUUAAAGUAAAAUUUGCUACGUUUAAAAAUGUUUUAUUAAAA